UGGCAGCAUUAAACAAACCAGGUUCAAUAUAACUUAUUUUUCUGCCUCAUCACUGCAGCUGAAACUGUUUUUUCCCAUAGUGACUUUUGCGAAACCAAAAAGCAGCUGCAAUUCAAGCAUAGGUAAUAGUGACAUCUUUUUUAACUGUUCUAAUUUUCUGUACAUGCUCUUAUAGUCGGCACACAGAUUCCCUUAAUGCACAAAGGAUACAGAUCUGAGAUGCCUGUGCCCCGGAUCCAGCACCCUCUUGAACAUGGAUGGCCCUUCGUGAUAUUUAACAAUAUUAUUAAGACAUUGAGAAAGUGGACUGACAUUGUGUAGCAGUCAAAAUCAAUAUAUUUUUUUCUGUCAUGCAGAGGCAUUUGCAGUUUGUGAGAAUUAUUCCCCUUCCUGAAGGAUUCAAUCCUAAAGUCUUGCAUCGCCUGCUGGAAAAGAUUGGGAGUUUACCAUUCAAUUGAAAGAAAAAUGAAAAAACCUUUAACAUACAGAAAUUGGUUAGAUUGUAGUAGUGGGUGGAUGGACUGUCCGAACAAGGUAUAUAUCCCAUUUCUAGCUUGUGGAGACCUCACUGGGAAUGAUUCUGACUGGUCAUACCCACUGCCAAAAGUUGCUGAGGGAAUUUAUCAGAGCUUGGAUUCUGUACAGCCUCCCAUUGGCCCUCCUUAUAAAAGAGCCCUUGAAUUGAAGAAAGCUUCCAGUCAUGGUCCCCAAGAGCUUGAAAAGCUCUCCUUGGAUUCUUGAUGGUCAGAAAUAAUUUUUGCUUCUCCAUGGACUAAACUAUUCAUAUUUCUUUUGCACAUUUUAUUGUGGACACAAUGUUAUAGGGAUUUUUUCCCCCUUCAUAACAACCACUUCCCUUUGUCAGAUAUAAUUAUUAUGUAUUUGGAUGAAAUGUGUAUGUGGCAAUCUAGAGUCA